AUUUUAUGGUUAAUUUGCCAAGUACAUAUGUAUUUGUUUUGAAUAUAUUUUUUGUAGGGAAUUUAUAUUUUGAAAAUUUCAAAUAGAAUCAUGGAUUUUGGCGAGCUGAGGAAUGAUGAUAAGUUUACUAAAACAGUGAACAAUUUUUCAAGUGCCUUGGAUAAAAUCGAAAAAAGCCUUAGCACAGCCGUCGAUUUGAAAGAAUUCGAAGAACUUUCAACACAAGAAAAAGUUAAACUAGAUAAUUAUCUGGCAUAUGCAAUAAACUCGCUAUAUUGGAUGCAUGUUAAGCUACGAGGAGAUGAUCCUAAUGAGCAUGGCAUAAAAAAUGAGCUUUCCCGCGUGCGUCAAACUAUUGUACGCGAUAAGCAAAUAUAUGAGCGCAAUACCAUAAGACCGGUGAUAGACAAAGCCGCUGCUGGACGUUUUAUUAAACACGGCCUGCAUGUAAGAUUUGAUGAAGACGGAGAGAGGCUUACUGAAAACUCCAGCAAUAAUAAGAUGAACAAGGAUACGGUCAUGACUUCCUCUACAAGUCCAUAAUAAAUUGUAAUGAAAUUUAAAUGUAAUUUCUUUUUCUUAAUAAUAGAAGUAUCUUUAGUUGUGUAAAUCUUAAUGCCGAUAAGUAAAAAAUUAGAAAUAUAUAGACGUAUUCCAAUUUCGAACUAUAUUAACACUUAA